AGAAACAGUGGUAGUGAGCUGUCUGCGUGCAUUGUAAGUUGUGAUAAUCGUUCAUCUGUAACACGGUGCCUAGCUGCCAUGUCACCCAAAGGAAGCACGAGGGCUGGGAUACUGUCAGGUUGCUCGAACCCAGACAGGGGAAGUCGAGAGGCAGAGGUCGAUUUCGAACCACAGAACUUCCAGUCAAUCAUAAGGUUGACGGAAACUCGGGUACUGUGCCUACCUGAUGAGCCCCAAGAAGGGCGAAACCGUUCGUGGGGUGUAGAAGAGUUUUCAGCAACCUUCUUGAAUUCAUGUGCCUGUGUGGAGCAACUCUUGAAGCAGGGUCUACUCAGACUGAAGGGUGAGAAGGGUGAUCGUGGAGAGCCGGGACCGCCUGGUCCCCAAGGGCCUCCUGGUACCUGCCCUGCUACUUGUGAGCCUCCUGCCGUUCAACCGACAAUCAUACAG